CCGGCAACAUAGUGUGAAUUAGGUUUAGUUGAAGCAGACAACCAUGUCAGUGAGGCCUCCGACUUGGAAACGUUUAAUAAAAUGAAAAUGCACUGCAGGAGUAAAGAGCGAUGAGGUUGCAGAAUGUAGAAGAAACAUGAGAAUAGUACAAGCAAAAAUUUGGAAACAAUGAUGGAAAGUGAAAUUUUACCCCAUGAUACAACUGUAUUUUUGGCAAAAUCAGAAGAGGACAUCAUGGAAUAUUCUGUGGAGCGGGGAGUAUCUGACAAAAUGCAUGUUAUCACGUUGCAGGUAGUCAACAUGAAUGAACACAUCCAGCCCAGCCUAAGUGAGGUCAACGUGAUGACAAUGAACCAACAAGGAGUUGAAAUGAUUCCAAGUGAGCUGAGGCAGGCCUUGAGUAGUGAGGGUGAAAUCAUGCACACUCUUCCACUCCCUGAAGGAGUGCAGGUUUUUAAGGUAGGGCCAAAUGGAGAGAUGCAGUAUAUUGAGAGAAUGGAACUGGAUGCAGCCCAUACUCCAGAAGAAUACAUAGGCACAGUGAUAGAACAAUACCACAAUCCACUUGUCAAGAAAGAGAAAAAGAGUCUGCAGUGCGAUAUACAAAUUGGGAAUAAUACAGAUGUGACCAUUCAUCAUUGUAGAGACAGACAACUGGAGGGACUACAGUCGGGUGUAGCUGUUGAAAAAACAACUAGUUCUGCUGUUACGGCUGGAUUUAACAAAACUAAAAAGCAAGAUAUUAAGAAGACAUUUCAGUGUAAAUUAUGUUCACGCACUUUUACACAACGGUCUAAUCUAGACCGUCAUAUGAGAAGCCAUUCAGAUGAGCGUCCACACAGAUGUCAUCUUUGUGAAAAGGCAUUCCGAACUGUCACCCUCCUGCAAAACCAUAUCAACACUCAUACAGGUACAAGACCACACAAAUGCCCUGACUGUGCAAUGGCAUUUGUUACAAGUGGGGAGGUGGUGCGACACAGACGUUACAAGCAUACCCAUGAGAAACCCUUCAAAUGCUCAAUCUGCGAUUAUGCUAGUGUUGAGGUAAGUAAACUGAAGCGACACAUCCGUUCUCACACCGGGGAGCGUCCUUUCCCAUGCACAUUUUGCAGCUAUGCUAGCAGAGAUACAUACAAACUGAAGCGACAUAUGAGAACUCACUCAGGGGAGAAGCCUUACAAGUGCCAUGUGUGCGAGGCUAAUUUUACACAGAGCGGGACGAUGAAAAUGCACAUCCGACAGAAGCACACAGACAAUGUGCCCAAAUACCACUGUCCUCACUGUGAUGCCAUCAUUGCAAGAAAAAGUGACUUGGGUGUCCAUUUACGAAAGCAGCAUUCCUUCACAAGCUUAAGCAUGAAGUGUCGUUACUGUGAUGCUACAUUCCAUGAACGCUAUGCACUCAUCCAACACCAAAAGACCCACAGGAAUGAGAAACGUUUCAAGUGUGACCAGUGUGAUUAUGCAUGUAAACAGAAACGUCACAUGAUAAUGCAUAAACGUAUCCACACUGGGGAAAAGCCAUUCAGUUGCUCCCACUGCGAUAUGCACUUCAGACAGAAGCAGCUCCUGGAUUUGCAUUUCAAGAAGCAUCAUGACCCGAGUUUCAUCCCAGAAGCAUACAUUUGCUCCCAAUGUUGUAAGAGCUUUUCUCGUAAGGACAAGAUCAUAUUGUUCUAUGAAAACCAGUCUUCAACUACAGUUGUUCAAUGA